UCGAAUUGGCUUGGCUCCAGACCGGGCUUGAUUCACUGCUAGGAAAUCUCCGCUCCCAUCCAACCAUCCCGGCCGCCUGGCUUAUAUGAACCGAGUGGCUGGCUCGCUUGCUGGCCAGAGACACAUGCGUCAGCCUUGUAUCACUCAAGCUCCAACUGUCAUUGACCCCUGGUGAACCUAAUUCACAAGUCGAGACACACCCAAGCCAUCUGCUAGUCCUCUUGCAUCACCAACCUCAAGACGUGACGGAAAGGCAUUCUCAUCCACAUCAGUUGCUCCCUCGCCAACCUCUGUCUUGCUUCUCCAGCCUUGUGAGCAUAUCAUCGGACAGAAGAGGAUCUCCAUGCGGCGGGCAAAUAUAAUUCAACCACCCUCGCCAUCAGCUGUCCUGCUGUGCGCCCUGAUCCUCGCCAUCGGCGUGGCAGCGCAUGGUGAUGAUGGAGGUCAUGGCGAUGCUCCUGGCGGACAUGGGGCCUCCGAGAUGAACAUGGACACGGAUAUGGGCAUGGGCAUGGGCGACGAGGACAAAAUGCCAGAAACAGAGUACCUGCCAACAUACUUUGCUCAUGGCGAACAUGCGGCGCUCAUGUUCGCCCACAUUGCCUUCAUGACCGUGUCUUGGGUUCUGGUCCUUCCCGUAGCGGUCAUGCUCUCGCUUGUUAACUCGCGCCUCACAUUUGGCGUUCAGCUGACCUUCCUGGCCACCAACAUUGUCGGUGUCGUAUUGGGCCUCGUCUACAACGCGCAGACACCCGACCUGUAUCCCCACAAUGCUCACCACAGCAUUGGCUGGAUCAUCACCUGGGUGUCAAUAGCGCACGUAUCUGUGAGCCUGGUGAAACGACUCAGUGGACGCGGGAAGCCAAAGGUCAAUGGGCCUCUCAACGGCGAGCAUGAAGCCCACGCGCUUAUCCCAGACCCCCUGGCGGCACAGAGCCACUUCCAGGAGCACCAGGGGCCCUACGACGAUAGGUCGUCCAGUGACAGCACGGCAAGUCCCGCCUCGCAUACUGAGUCUAUGCGGAGCGACUCUGUGUCCACUCACAUUGGCGAGGAGGACUACUUUAUCGGGGGCGAGAACCAUGGCUCCGGAUACGGAAAGAUGUAUGAAGACGACGAUGAGCCCUACGCCUCACACGAGGAGGCGGGAGCAAGUUCGACCAUCUCUGUUGUGCGGAAGCUGGCAAAAGCUUUGCCUACCAGUCUAUGGAAGGUCUUGGACAUGGGUUAUCGGACGGUGGAUCGAAUUACCCUGCCCUUUGGUUUCAUUGCCUUCACCACGGGCAUCGUCACAUAUGGCCGCUUUUUUGAAGGGCAAGGCAUCUUUGCCGGUCUGGCCCACUGGAUCAAGGGCGGCGUGUUCUUCUGGCUGGGUCUCUUCAACCUCGGCCGUUGGGCCGGCAGCUUCGCGGAGCUGGGCUGGGCCUGGAACAUCCGCCCUAGACGUCCUGGCCAGAAGUGGCGUCCCACGGCCGAGUUUGUGGAGAGUGCGUUGAUCUUCUUCUACGGAUCGACCAAUAUCUUCCUGGAGCACCUGGGCCACAGGAACGGUAAAUGGCGGGCCCAGGAUCUAGAGCACAUCUCCAUCACUGUGUUGUUCAUCGGUGGAGGACUUUGCGGCAUGUUGAUCGAGUCCACCCGGGUGCGCGACCUGCUCAAUGCCUCCAUCUCCAGCGACAACAGAGAUAGGACCGAGUCCCACGAGAGGGAGGAGCUGCAGCCGCCGCGCACCUAUAGCCUUUCGCUGAAUCCCAUCCCGGCACUGGUGAUCCUGCUAGUCGGCAUGAUGAUGGGCUCGCACCACCAGUCCUCCAUGAUCUCGACCAUGAUCCACAAGCAAUGGGGCAAUCUGCUCUCGGGAGCGUCGAUCGCGCGCGGUUUGACGUAUGUCGUCAUGUACAUCAAGCCGCCGCGGUCUGUCCUGCCAUCGCGACCGCCCACGGAGCUAUUGGCUUCGUUCUGUCUGAUUGCAGGUGGCAUAAUCUUCAUGGCCAGUAGCCCAGAUACUGUGGAUGGCAUGAUCCACUACGAGCUCGACGCCAUGUUCAUGUACAACGUCACCAUGGGCCUGGUGGGCGUCCUCAUGGCCUGGGAGAUCACUGUCCUGGCCAUCAAGGGCUGGGCAUGGCGGAGGGAGAUGCACCAAAAGGUCGUAUCGCUGUCGCACAGGCAGUCCGCCUAGACAGAACCGACGUGCACAGG